AUAAGAGAGUUCCAUUAUUAUUAUGGCUUCCGUUGUUCCUUAUCUUUUUCCACUCUGAGGUUUCUCUCUCUCUCGUUUCGCGUUUGGACCUCUCACCCUUUUUUCAACCCAUUUUCUUCUCUUCUCUCACGGCUCAUACCAAUUUUCAAACCUCGUAACCUCCUUCUCCUUCCCCCUUCCCUCCAUUCUCCCACUGCUAUGUGACCCGAUUGGAACCCCAAUUCUAAUCCUAUCUCCAUUCCCAUCGUUUUCGGAUUCUGCCUUUCUCUUGUUGCAAUCAAAGAGAUGAAGAGGGAUCACAGUGAAGCUGGCUCCAGCUAUGGCCAGCAAGGUAGCAGCAGCAGCAGCGUGGCCAAAGGCGAAUGCUCGUCAAUGUCGAGCGGGAAGGCCAAGAUGUGGGAGGAAGACCAUGACCCAAGCUCCGGCGGCGGCGGCGGCGGCAUGGACGAGCUCCUCGCUGCUCUUGGUUACAAGGUUCGCAACUCAGACAUGGCUGACGUGGCCCAGAAGCUGGAGCAGCUGGAGAUGGUUAUGGGUACCGCGCAAGAAGACGGAAUUUCACACCUGGCUACUGACACCGUUCACUACGACCCUACGGAUCUAUACUCCUGGGUGCAGAGCAUGAUCAAUGAGCUCAACCCUCCCCCAAGCACCGCUGCCGCAAACGGAACAAGCAGCUCACUGCUGUGCAGCUCCCAAAUCGAGGAGAACCCCUCACGCGCCUUCACGGACGACUCUGAGUACGACCUGAGAGCGAUACCUGGCAUCGCCGUUUACCCUCAAAACGACGAACCCAGCAACAAACGGCUGAAAACGAAUCGUGUUCCAGAAAUUGGGUCAGAGGGUGUUCAAGAACCGACCCGGCCAGUUGUGCUUGUGGAUUCCCAAGAAACAGGUGUCCGUCUAGUCCACACCCUCUUAGCCUGCGCGGAGGCAGUCCAGCAAGAAAACCUAAAGCUGGCAGACGCGCUAGUGAAGCACGUGGGGCUACUCGCGCAGUCGCAGGCCGGUGCCAUGAAGAAAGUUGCAUCUUACUUUGCACAGGCACUUGCGAGGAGGAUUUACCAGAUUUACCCUCAAGAAGCCAUGGACUCUUCUUUCUCAGAUGUGCUCCACAUGCACUUCUACGAGUCCUGCCCUUACCUCAAAUUCGCCCACUUCACAGCCAAUCAGGCCAUACUCGAGGCCUUCGCUUCUGCCACCAGGGUCCACGUCAUCGAUUUCGGCCUCAAGCAAGGGAUGCAGUGGCCCGCACUCCUGCAAGCCCUCACAUUGCGUCCCGGCGGCCCACCCACUUUCCGUUUGACUGGAAUAGGCCCGCCGCAGACCGACAACACUGACUCCCUGCAGCAAGUCGGAUGGAAGCUUGCACAACUGGCACAAACCAUAGGCGUUCAGUUCGAGUUUCGCGGCUUCGUCUGCUCUAGCCUCUCGGAUCUUGACCCCGAAAUGCUUGAGAUCCGACCCGGAGAAGCCGUUGCGGUUAACUCCGUUUUCGAGUUGCAUCGCAUGCUGGCCCGCCCCGGCUCCAUCGAGAAAGUUCUUGGCACGGUUAAGAAGAUCAAGCCGAAGAUCUUCACGGUGGUGGAGCAGGAAGCCAACCACAACGGUCCAGUUUUUGUGGAUCGGUUCACGGAGGCGUUGCAUUAUUACUCGAGUUUGUUUGACUCGCUGGAGGGAUCGGUGGCGACGGGGUUGGCGGCGCCGCCGCCGACUGAGGACCUAUUGAUGUCGGAGCUGUACCUCGGGAGGCAAAUUUGCAACGUGGUGGCGUGCGAGGGCACAGACCGGGUGGAGCGGCACGAGACGCUGACGCAGUGGCGGGCCAGGAUGGGGUCGGCCGGGUUCGAGGCGGUCCACUUGGGGUCGAACGCGUUCAAGCAAGCGAGCAUGUUGCUGGCGCUGUUUGCGGGUGGGGAUGGGUACAGGGUGGAGGAGAACAAUGGGUGCCUCAUGCUUGGGUGGCACACCAGGUCCCUGAUUGCGACCUCGGCGUGGAAGCUUCCACCCCUUUCUUCUGGCGGCGAGUCUUAGUGAGUUGACUCGGCGCGUGGGGCCUGAGUUGGAUGGAUGGAUGGUGACCUUAAUUAUUACUACUGUUACUACACUACUACUAUUAUAUACUCUGUAGAUUAAUUGGGGAUUAUUAUUGGGGAAAUGGCAUGGUUUGAAGAAAACUUUGGAAGAAGAGUGACUCAGUAACCGAGUGAAGUGAGUGAGAGAGUGAGCGAGUCAGAGGCAGAAGAUAAAUAAAAGGGGAGGGUAAAAGAAAAACAACCAUAGCUUGUAAUUUGUAAUUGUACUUUUUACUCUGCGUCUUUAGUGAUUUUCGCAUUUUCCAAA